AUGAAUUUAAUGGAGAGGAGAAGGAUAUACUCAUUGUAAAGUAAAGAUCCAAUAAAUAUUCAAAAAUAUCGUAUGGAUGUAUCAAUGGACAAUUUGUAGAAGCGAAAGACUUUAAAUUCUGAGCUACCAUAAUUAACAUAGAACAAAUUGCAUAUGGUUAAAUAUACAGCUUCAAUGAAAUUUUAGUAGAAAACGAAAUAUGAAUAAUUGUCUAUGAAAAUAUUGAAGGAACCAUAUAGAGCAUUGAAUAUGAAAUAAAGAAUGAUAAGAAAUCAUUUUACGUUUCAAUAAAAAAUUUAAGACACUGUGGCAUAUGAUUGUAUACAACAUAUAUUAUCGAACACUGAAAAUACAAUAAUCAAAGGAUAAGUAAUGCUUCCUGUAUAGAAUGAAUAAUAAUAUACAAUACCAAUAUCAAGAUAAGGUAGUCGAGUAGUGAAGUAUGAUGAUUAUGGAUUAGUAUUUGGAGGACAUUCUCAUAGAGAGAAUAUCGAAAUUCAUGCAAUAUCAUUAUUAAAUGGUUAAUGGAAAAGGAAGCAGGAAUUUUAUUAAUAAUAAAUAGAGUAAUUAAGAUUGAAAUAGAUGUUAAAUCCAAAUUUGAGAUUAGGUUGUUAUUUUAGUUUGAGCAUAGAUGAAAAUAAAAUAAUAUAUGCAUUUGGAGGUGAAAAAAAUAUGAAUAGUAGAAAAACUACAAAUGUUGUAACUAAAAUAUGUAUAGAAGAAGAUCAAUUAGAAUGGUAACAAUAUUAAACUUAAAUUGGAUGUCGUAGAAAUCAUAGUGGGAAUUAUAGUCAUAAUCAUUUAAUAUUGAUUGGAGGAUUAGAUGAUAGUGAAUUGAACACAAAGUUUUAUAACGAUUUUUAAUUGAUAAAUUUACAGAAUAUGUAAUGCACCUAAUUUUAUCCAAAGUUUUAUUAGAAAGAAAUGAUUUAGAAUGAAUAACCAUUUAAAUUAGGUAUAGCUUAUCAUAGUGCGACAUUAGUAGGUAAUCCAUGUUUGAGAAUGAAUUAUGAUUACACAUAAAAUUCUAAGAAAGAAGAAUAAGUAGAUUAAUUAUUUACAAAGGAAGGUAUUUAUAUUUUUGGAGGAAAGGAUAGUGAAGACAAUAUACUCAAUAAUUUAUAUUAGUUAAUAAUUGAUACUUAUCCAUCAGUCUUAUUGUGUGUGGAGACUAUAGGAUAGAAACCUACAAAUAGACGAUCUCAUAGUAUGAAUUAUGAUGAAAAGAUAAGUGCCUUGAUAUUAUUUGGAGGUACAAAUGAAAUAGAGUGUUUUGGAGAUUUACAUUUAUUAUUUUUAAAAAAUUACAUUUGGUAGAAAGUUUAAUUAUAAGGAUAUUUGGAAUAUCCUUUUAGAUAUGAACAUUGUAGUGUUUAUAAUGAAGAUAAGUUGCUUAUUUUUGGUGGUUUAAGUUAAAAUGGAUUUUUAAUGUAUAAUCCUAUUUAAAUAUAAAUUAAAUUUAAAACAAUUCGUAAACAUAAUUGA